UAAUAAAUAAAAAAGCAAGCAAGUAGUAGGCAUUGCACGUUUAUUGUCGCCAAUGAACUGCACCAAAGGUAAAUUAUAUGAUACAGUAAAAUAAAUUAUAAAACUAAAAUCUACGGCCUUAACGAAGUACACAACGACACUACUGUACAAGCUUCGACAAAAGAAGGAAAAAAUAAAAGAAUCUUCGAUUGUACUACGAACACGUUCAACAAUGAAUCUGAAGUGACUCGUUAAUGGAAAAUGUCCUAUCCGGCGUUUAAUUCGACUAAAUCCUCUAAUACGGUGAAACGUUCUAUUAUUCUUACAAAUUACGUAAAGUACGUAAACGUAAUUAUAUAUGUACAAUAUACGUUUAGUGAGCAAUAUAUUUGCAAAAAUAAGUCGAGUGAACCCGAUUGAAGGUAUAAAUGUAAAUAAUAUAAUUGUGCGAGUAAGUACCCUACAUAAGUAUUGCAACGUUUGCAACGAUAUUUAAUAAGAAUUAUACUUAACAUAAGACACCUUAAGUAACGCACAGGCUGUGUUGUAAGUCGUGAACAAGGCCAAAUUCAAGUCCAAUCAGAUAUGAUGAGAAAAAUUAUUGUCUACACCAACACCACUGUAAUUGCGAUAGAGGCACAGGACACGUGUACACCUCUAUAUACUCGUUUAACAUUGAAAAUUAUGUAACUAGCAGUUCCGAGUCAACAGUGCAAAACCAAAUUCUGUCAUCUGUCCAGUACAUUUUUUCCUGCACAAUUCAGCAAGCAUUGCUUGUACCUGUGUUAUAAUUAUUGUCUAUUAUCGACUCGCAUUCUAUAUUUAUUUAUCGAUCAUAAUGCGCAACGUAUGACAUCGAACGUUAAGAAAUUCACGAAGUGUCUAUCAAAUCAACGGAAAUAGUGAUAUUUUUGUGCUUAUUCAUAAUUUAUGAUCAUGCGUCAUUGGCUGAAGAAAACAGUUACCGGGAAGUGCGUACGUCGCUCGUCAUUACACAAGAAUGCGAAAAGAUAUAAUCGAUUUGGACAAGAGCAACACCUGGAUCGCGGAGACUUCUAUAUUCACAUUUCCGGUAUUCGACAAACGAAGUCUGUUUGGUAUCAUCAAGCUGAUUGGAUUCCCUGUGAGCAAUUUCGUUCUCACACACGCAUUAAAAGAAAUAAAAACAAACGUUCUAUCUUUUUUAAAGGAGGUACGGCUCGUUUAAGAUGCACUGAAGGCACGUUUCGCGUGCACAACAUUUAUGGCGAUGGUAACUGUAUGUUUCGAGCAAUUAGUUACAUCCUAUGGCGGAACGAGAACGAACAUCGCUACCUACGAUCAAUGGUCGUACAACACAUCAGGGAAAACUGGCACGAGUAUGGGCCGUUCGUAAUGGCAGAAUGGAACAUAUCAGACCGGCAAACUUAUGGCAAUUACAUGAACAUGGUGGGCACAUUUGCUAGUGAACUCGAAUGCACGGUGGUUACCAAGAUGUAUGGCAUGAAUCUGUCGAUAUAUCGCGAGAUCACUGAUAGACAAGAGCUUAAACGAGUAUUUCACAAUCACGUUAGCUCGCAAUAUGAAACAGCUAGACUUUUAUUCACUGGAAACUCGGACAGUGGGCAUUACGAUGUACUAAUUCCUGAUUGACGAACGUUUUUCAAACAAGAAGAACUGACAAUUUCAUUUAAAUACAAAUA